GGCAAUAGAGCAUCGCCCAUGUUCUUUUAUUCAACUCCAGGGCAGACACAAAUUGCACAGUGCCCAAAUGCCCAAAGUGUCCAAAUGUCAAGACUGCACCUGAUGGUCGAUAUUUUUGGACCUGGCAAGGCUUAUGCUGCUUACACCACGGGCUGAGCUGAACUGGAAUCGAAAAUGAAUUGGGCGUCUUUUUACGCCGUAAUCAGCGGUGUAAAUAGGCAUUCGACAGGUAUUGGGCGCAUCUGGCUCUCUGUCAUCUUCAUCUUUCGCAUCCUGGUUUUAGUAGUAGCUGCUGAAAGUGUAUGGGGUGAUGAGAAGUCUGGAUUCACCUGCAACACCCAGCAACCAGGUUGCAAUAGUGUGUGUUAUGACCAGUUCUUUCCAAUCUCCCAUAUCCGUCUCUGGGCCCUGCAACUGAUUCUCGUCUCAACACCUGCACUGCUGGUAGCUAUGCAUGUUGCUCAUCGCCGGCACAUUGACAAAAAGAUCCUAAAAUUAUCAGGACGAGGUGCCACUAAGGAGUUUGAACAAUUAAAAAAUCAGAAAUUCAAGAUUACCGGCGCACUUUGGUGGACAUAUAUGAUAAGCAUAAUUUUUCGCAUAGUUUUUGAGGUGGCCUUUUUGUACAUAUUUUAUGUAAUCUACCCUGAUUUCAAAAUGGUGCGUCUUGUUAAGUGUGAUUCUUAUCCCUGCCCUAACACAGUGGACUGCUUUGUUUCUCGUCCAACAGAGAAGACUAUUUUUACUGUCUUCAUGCUGGUGGUAUCUGGGGUUUGUGUUUUGCUAAACAUUGCAGAGGUGCUGUAUUUAAUAGGUAGAGCCUGUUCCCGCUACUUGCAGAAACCAGAAGGUGAUCCACAAGGACCAUGGCUCACUCAAAUGCUCUCUCCUUACAAGCAAAAUGAAAUCAAUCAGCUCAUAUCAGAGCAUUCAUUUAAGCCAAGAUUGAAUUUGGCCAGAAAGAGCCCUAUUGACAAAGGGGAGAGAUGUUCUGCCUUUUAGCUGAUACCUUUUGGAAGGUUACACUAAUCAUUGGUAACUUGGAGUUUUAAUAAUCCUGACCAGUAUCAUCUUUAUUCUUAUAUUGGGUUAAUGAUAAAUUGUACAAAAAUGUUGAUUUUUUUAACUUUUUAAGGAGAAGCAAUAAAAAUGGCAAUGGCAAUUAGCAAAAUCUAGGUAUAUUGUCCAAAACAUUGGUUGUGUUCCAAAGUAUAUUUCAUUUUAAGUUGCUUUUUUGUUGUUUGUUUGUUUGAUUGAUUUUUGGGAGACCCUACCAUGAUAUGGUUAAUAUGUAAAAAGCA